AUGCGCGACGAGGUCAAGGUGCUGGAGCGCGAGUACUUGCGGCUCGCGGCCAUGGGCUCCGGCGACGCGGGGGACGGCAGCGACCCGCAGCACGAGCGCGGCGUCUUGCUGGACCCCUCUCAAGUGCAGGUGCUGCGCAACAAGUUCCUGCGCCUGUCGUCGGAGGCGGCGGCGCUGCGCAGGGAGCAGAAGCAGCUGCACCAGGUGCUGCACGUGCAGCAGCUCUUCCGCGACUCGUUCAAGGCGCUGGCCGCCGAGUUCGACGGGGCCGAGAGCGACCCGCGGCGUCAGGCCGUGGCGCACGCGCACUUCGAGCCGCUGGCCCACGAGACGUGCUUCGCCAUCAUGCGCGACUCGUACGACGUCAUCACGCGCUUCGAGGCGGGUCAGGACUUCGUCACGACGGGCUCGUCGCUCUUCGGCUGGAGCGACCGCCGGCGCCUGGACGACGACGCGUCCAAGAUGAUCUUCUGCUUCCGCAAGCUCUUCGAGAACCAGAGCUGCGAGCGGCUCAUGGAGGAGUCCUGGCGCACCUUCUCGGACCUCGAGUUCAUGCGGCGCGUGGUCUUCUCGUCCAAGGUGAGCCUGGACCUCGAGAUCCUGCAGGUGGUGAACCGCGACGCGCUCGUGGUGCGCCGCCACACCAACUACCGCGCCAUGGGGCGCAGCUUCCACACGGUCUACCUGCUCUUCCGGCUGCAGACGACGAGCGGCUACACGGUCUGCUUCCGCACGAUCCCGGCGCCGGGGAUCCAGCAGGCGCUGGGCGAGGGCGAGGCCUGGAUCGACCUCUUCCACUGGACGACGCUCUCGCGCGUGCCCGACGCGGACGGCAUGCUCACGGACUGCGAGAUCUCGUUCGGCGGCUCGAUCAGCGCCGGAACCAUGAACUUCGCGGCCCACUGGAUGCUGGAGCUCAUCAUGACCGUCGUGCGCUGGGAGAACGCCUGCGUCGCGCCCCUCUUCAUCAAGUAA